UUAGUCCAACAUGAGAGGAUGAAGAAGGAGAGGAAACAAUGUUUGGUGGCAACGGAAAUAAGUAAUAGAAGCAAAACCAGAGGAAUGGGGGAAUGAAGUUUGAGUCUGUUCUCAGUUUCUUUCUGUUUCCUCCAGACUGGCCAAUUAGAGGCACGAGCCCAAGCACGUGCGGGCAGAGGCUCGUCUUGCACAGUUCACUGCACCAACCAUUUGGUACAUAUGGAGCAAACGACAAUCUAACCGAGAUAGACUUAGCAUGAGCGCACGGUGCCCGCUGUACCACCCGGUUGUGCGCAUCCCAGGUAAAGUCUGGCUUUAUAAUAUUUAGAUCCAGCAGUGGUUGAAUCACCCAGGAGACAAAAUAAAUCACCUUCAUCGUUCCCGGUUUCAUGCACAUCAGCAAACCCCCCCUCUUCUUACUCAGAGGAAUGGUGUCUGCUGGAAGAGGGAUGGGAGUGGAGGAGGGGGCGGUGUCUCCAUCCAAGAGGGACGGUGUGUAGUAAGUGAAAGGGGCGGAGGUGGGGAGGAGGGCGCAGCUCUUUGCUACUACGUCAGUGUACAUCACAGGAGCACACAGGACCUUUUUGCUUCAACUACUCGGGGUGACUCCCUGCACAGGAAAAAACGAAUCCCGGUCACCCUAUAACACGCAGACCUUCCCACCAAAAGGACUUGGUAUUUGAGAGCACGCUGGGCAGAAUCCAACAGCAGCAGUGCAGUGGAGCAGGGAGCUGUCCGCGGUGCUGAAUUCAUCAGCUAACAGAAAUCCCCAUUGCACACUCAUGUGCUUGGGCCGUUCCUGAUACCUCUCAUUCCUAGCAGCAACUGACCACCACCUCAACGCAUCCAAGAUGGACGACGACGGGCGCUACAGAGACAGCCGCUCAGACUUCAUCCGCGGCGCCAAGGACAUUGCUAAAGUGGCCAAGAAGCAGGUAGGCAAGAAGGUGGGGCGCGGCAUGGACAAAAUGACCGACGAGUACACCAAGCGCUCCUAUAAACGCUUCGAGGAGGAAGAUGAUGAUGACUAUGCCGGUGUGCCGAGCAACGACGGUGGAUAUUACCGCAAUGACAGCCGGGCCAAUGAUGACGAAGGCCACAGCGACUCCACUGAAGGACACGAUGAGGAUGAUGAGAUCUAUGAAGGCGAGUACCAGGGCAUCCCUAGGGCCGAGUCGGGCAAGGCUGGCAGCAUGGAUGGGGUGGCAGCCGCCCAGGCGCAGCAGUUCAGGGAUCUGUCCGCCUACGAGGGCGAGAGGAGGAAAGACCAGGAGGAGCUUGCUCAGCAGUACGAAACCAUCCUGCAGGAGUGCGGCCACGGGAAGUUCCAGUGGACGCUCUACUUUGUCCUGGGGCUGGCGCUGAUGGCAGAUGGCGUGGAGAUCUUUGUGGUCGGCUUCGUGCUGCCCAGUGCGGAGAAGGACAUGUGUCUAUCUGAGCCCAACAAGGGCAUGCUGGGUCUGAUUGUUUACCUGGGGAUGAUGGUCGGGGCAUUUGUUUGGGGUGGCCUGGCUGACCGGAUUGGCCGACGGCAGACCCUCCUAAUCUCCCUCUCCAUCAACAGCGUGUUUGCCUUCUUCUCGUCCUUCGUCCAGGGCUACAGCUCUUUCCUCUUCUGCCGCCUGGCCUCUGGUGUGGGUAUUGGCGGCUCCAUACCCAUUGUGUUUUCCUAUUACUCUGAGUUCCUGGCCCAGGAGAAGCGAGGAGAGCAUCUGAGCUGGCUCUGCAUGUUCUGGAUGAUUGGUGGUAUCUACGCCUCCGCCAUGGCCUGGGCCAUCAUCCCACACUAUGGCUGGAGUUUCCAGAUGGGCUCGGCCUACCAGUUCCACAGCUGGCGUGUCUUUGUGUUGGUGUGUGCCUUCCCCUCUGUGGCGGCCAUCUCUGCCCUCACCACCAUGCCUGAGAGCCCCCGCUUUUACCUGGAGAAUGGAAAACACGAUGAAGCGUGGAUGAUUCUGAAGCAGGUCCACGACACCAACAUGAGGGCCAAAGGCUACCCAGAGAGGGUCUUCUCUGUGACUACCAUCAAAACAGUGAAGCAGAUGGAUGAGCUUGUGAACAUGGGCGAUGGUGCUGCCUGGCAUGAGAAGUGGAGGAUAAAGCUCACUUCGCUUUUCCAUCAGGUGUGGAGUAAUUUCCAGACUGUUUUCUCCCCUGAGUACCGCCGCACCACCUACAUGAUGAUGGCCGUGUGGUUCUCUAUGUCCUUCAGCUACUACGGUCUGACAGUGUGGUUCCCUGAUAUGAUCAAGUACCUGCAGAAGCAGGAGUACUCCUCCCGUACCAAGGUUUUCGUCAAGGAGAAAGUAGAACAUGUCACUUUUAACUUCACCCUGGAAAACCAGGUCCACCGCCAGGGAGAGUACUUCAAUGACAAGUUUAUGAACCUGAAAAUGAAGUCUAUGGUAUUCGAGGACUCGCUGUUUGAAGAGUGUUACUUUGAGGACAUCACCUCCAGCAACACCUUCUUCAAGAACUGCACCUUCAUUGCCACCCUCUUCUACAACACAGAUCUCUUCAAGUACAGGUUGAUCAACUGCAAGCUCAUCAACAGCACUUUCCUGCACAACAAAGAGGGCUGCCUGCUCAGUGACAUCAGUGAUGAGAACAAUGCCUACAUGGUCUACUUUGUCAGUUUCCUGGGCACCUUGGCUGUGUUGCCAGGCAACAUUGUCUCUGCGCUGCUCAUGGACAAGAUUGGACGGUUGAGGAUGCUAGCGGGCUCCAGUGUGAUAUCUUGCAUCAGCUGUUUCUUCCUGUCCUUUGGCAACAGCGAAUCAGCCAUGAUUGCUCUGCUCUGCUUGUUCGGUGGAAUCAGCAUUGCUUCCUGGAACGCCCUGGAUGUGCUGACUGUCGAGCUCUACCCCUCUGACAAGAGAACCACAGCAUUUGGCUUCCUCAACGCCCUCUGUAAAUUAGCGGCUGUGUUGGGCAUAAGCAUCUUCACUUCAUUCGUUGGUAUAACCAAGGCUGUACCCAUACUCUUUGCCUCGGGGGCAUUGGCGGCGGGCAGUUUUCUGGCCCUCAAACUACCAGAGACGCGGGGCCAGGUGCUGCAAUAGUGUGGCACCAACAGUUUUCCGGGGGGCAGAAGAGUUUUCGCCACACUGUGAACGAACAGCUCAAGAGCCCUCCAGAUCCUACCCUCUAACCCCUCCUCCCAACAUUUAGAAAUUAAAUUUUGUGCACAUAACACAACGCAGAAGAGCAACGCAGAUCUGCUGAGCUGUAAAUAUUUGGUGAUUAUUUGAUAGGUACUCCUCCAUGCUAUAAAGAUAAGUGGAACUGUGACAAACCAUUUUAAUGCCUGAAUAAACCUUGAGCUGAUUGAGACACAAAUUACUAGGAUUGCUCAGAAUUGGUGCCAAUGAAAACACAAGGCAAACAUAAUGUUACAGUGUUCAGUGAGAGCAUGUCAUUUUAUUUCCCUGGAAUACAACAGUAUGUGUAGAUUUGCCCCCCCUCCCCGCCCCAGUAUAAGUAUACACCUGGGGUUGGAGGUCAGGUGAUGGGGGGCUCUUGACAAUGAGCCAUGCAAAUAGACUCAUAGAAAUGACCACUAGCCAUUGUUGCAGAGUUCUCUGUAGUCACCUCCAUUCAUCUGAGCAAAUUCAACUCACCUUUCAAGUCUUGGGUACUUUGCCAUUGUUGGACAUAGAAUCAAAACAUUUGACAUUUUCUGCCUUUAUGUGAAGCAUUUUUGACUUUGCCUGGUAAAACCAAGACACACGUCUCUUGGCUUUUUCUUUAACAAAGACCUGUCCUCAUUCUUUAUCUCCCCAGGUCUUGUGUUGGUGUACAGACUGCCAUUUUAUAGAUUAUAGGACAUUCCAGCUUUGUUUUUGUUAUUGUUAGAAUGUGGUAAGGAGAUAAAUCAAGUCCCUUUUCCCUUUAAAACAUUGUUUUUGAUCACCUCCAAACUCUCAUGAUAUCAUUCAAGUCAGUUAACAAAUAUGUUUCCCAUGCUAAGUGAAAAUUGUGUGCUAUCAUGGUUGCCAUUCCAUCACAAAGAUUAAGCUAUUUGUCGAAAUGUACAUUUAAAGCACAACCAUUAGCCAAUGUGAAUGUCCCUAACAUUUUCUUGACUUGAAGAAAAUGUUCAGAAUCUCACACUCAAUCAUCGUUUUUCAAUCAUACUGUAUAUCCCUUUGUAAGAAAUGCCUUUUUAGUACCUCUCCUCCCAGACUCACAGUAUGUUUGCCUCUUAUAAAAUAUGUCCAGGAGGGUUUUAUGCAUGUCACAAAGUAUGUAUGUAACUUUAUGAAGAUUGAGAGUACAAUAUGUAAACAGCAUUUUGGACAUUUCACAUUUGCUCAUCCAUUGGUCUGGCUUAAGUUGCCAUAAUAUUUUUGACAUUUCUGACCCAUAAAAGACAACACAGUGCUUUUAAUCUGCUGUUUCUAUCAGUGGUUCUAUGAACACUGAUGAAUCUUACCCCACUCUCCUUAGAGCACUCUGCACAGGAUUCCUUUAUUCACUUAAAUUGUCACGUAUACAUGUGGAAGCAAUCAAAUGCGUUAAAAAAAAGUUACACAGAAAGGCUUCCCUUUUAGUUUUGAUGGUUUUAGUGCAGGCACAAAGUGUGUAAGUGUGUAAGAGAUGACAGAUGAAUAAUAAUCUAUAAUCUAAUUCUUUGUGUGAGCUGAAUGUUUAUAUUAAUGUGAGUGUGCUUCUUAGUGCAAUAUUGAACCUCUGCAAUAUUGAGAUUUUAUUUUAUUUAUUUAUUUAUUUUUUGUCUUUUACCAUUUCACAUUUGGCAAACACUAUCUUAUUGGUUAAUGAUGCGGGGUAGCUGUCUUAUAUUGAUAACUGAGCACAGUGCGAUAACAUACUGGACAAGCUCAACCUGUUUUUUUUUUUUUUUUAGAGCUUAGUGUCAUUGGAGCAAAUAUGAAAACUGUUGGGAAAUACUGCACCCAAUGUAAAGACAGAAGGGUUGUUCUAUUUUAUAUUUUCCUAAUUUGGGAUGUGUAUGUUCUUGGGGCACAUAACAUGUUGAACAGUGAGGAUUAUUUGCAGUUGAGAAGGAUUAUUCUGAUGAUGAGGGUAUGAAUUGGGAGUGCACUGGGAUCUUGUGUUUACUUGUGCUUUAUUAUACAAAUGUAGCUAGAUACAACAUGAGAUUCACCUUAGAGAACUCACUGCCAAGGGCUGAUUGUCAUAUAUCCCACACAGGUAACAGCACAGAGUGUCGGCGAAAAUUAUUGCCACAUUCCCCUGAUCUGGAAAAGUACAAGUGAUAUGUUCGCAAUUGCAUGGUAAAAGAAAAGAAAAACAAUCAUUGACAUGUCAGAUUAGAAAAAAAAUAAAUAGAUAAAUGUCUUUGUCCAAACUGCCAUUUUGUAGGAUAGCAGCCAUACGUAGUCUCGAGACAGUUGAAAAAUAGUCAAAAAAUAGACAACCCAUUGCACUAAGUGUACACUGUCGUACAUGCACAAUUGUGAAUGCCUUGAGUUCUUCACAUCCUGCAGCCUUGCUAGAGAACUAGCUAGAAGCUAGAAGAACCAGGUGAGCAAGAAGUUUAGCAGGAGCACAAAGACCAAAACCUACCAAAUGACAAUAUUCUGAAUAUGAGUGCAGUUGUGAACAUAGGUGCUUCGAGCUUUGAUGACCUGCCCCUUACAUUUCACCAUCUCACUGUCUCGCACUAAUCUGAUUUCAAAUUUGACAUCUGACCCAUUACCUAUGAGUGUGCCAUGAAUACCACCGCUCAUUAAUUAUUGCCAAAUAUUUUGUAUGGCCUGAGUUUACACAUUACACCAUCAAUUCUCUGUUAUAGAUAUGAAUAUAUGUAAAUAAAAAUUAACUAUAGUGUAACUAAUAGCUCUUCAAACCUUCUGACCCCUGGAAAUACACUAUACUGCAGUCAGUCUUUGUAGGUUUUCAGGCAUUGGUCACGUGAAACAAGAACAACUGGACUCAUUGUUGUAUGUGGUCAUGAAGCCUUUCUUUUCACAACUCAUCUGAGAACAUGUCUUUGGGAGUCCAGAUGAUCUUGUUUUAAAACUGAGAGAAAUAAUGGCUUCAGAAGCCAAAAUGGCCAGCAAGUCAGAGAGCAAAAUUUGCCCAGUUCCCCUCUUAAAAGCACAUUGAUAGUAUAUAAAUGCACAUUACCUGUACAAAUAUAAAAGCUAAGCAUCAGCAGUCCUAUUCUCUGUAUGUUGUCCUGUAUCACCCAUGAAAUUAAGACCAACGAUGUCAAGAUAACUGUUGUAUUUGUUCAACAUGGAAUGCUGUUAAAAACGCUAACCUGUCUCAGUGACUCAGUUCAGGCUCCGUCCAAGUCAAGAUUGUCUCUCGUAGAUACAUAUCUUAGCUUAUGUUACAGGGUUUUUUUUGUAUAAUUAACUUGUUGCCUGAGCAACAGUGAAUUGUGAGUGCAAAAAGUUAACAAAGCAAUAAGUGUUUGGGUAUUUGUCUCUUAUUCUCUCCUUUGAAGCUAUUGGGAAUUGGAGCACAUUACUAUAUGCUGGCCUUGUCCACUAAAAUGCUGAGUGUUGGCUUAAUAAUGACACAGGACUUAACAGCUAACAUUCGUGUGUACUCUCUAAAACAACCCUAGGUCUUGAGGCUUUUGUCAAUAAGAUUGCAUUGCCAUUAAUUAAAUGUAACAAAGAAUUUAUCACCUUUGUCAUUGUACUGUGCUGUAGAAACUGUAGUCGAUUGUUUGUAAGUAUAGAAACUGUUUGUGAAACCAUGAAUAUUAAAAAAAAAGGUAUAAAAAAAGAAGUGUAAAUGAACAAUGAUGUAUGUUGUCUUUGAUUUUGUGCAUUUUGUAAAUGAGAAUGAAAUAAGUAAAUACAUCAAUGUUAAAUACCAGUUAUGAAUCAUAGUUAGCCUAAAUGUGACAACAUCAGUUCUGUUUAAAGGUGUGUGAGAUUUUUUCUUAUAUUUUCUCAUUGUUGAUUUUUGAUUGGGUUUGCACUUUGUUGUGCAACUGACCCUUUGGAAUCACAAUGGAUAACAAAGAACCAUGAAGAAUAAACAAGUGGAAAAAAUAUAAAAAGUCAA